GCGGAAGAGCAGAGCAGGCGAGAGAUACAGAAUCCCGAGUUCGUGUAAGUUCUCUGCACUCCCAUUAGGGCUUUUGCUGUCCCUUCUCAGACCAAUCUCGAAGGUGGAGGAGAGAGAAUGGCGAGUUACAGGGCGGAGGACGACUAUGACUACUUGUUUAAGCUUGUGCUGAUCGGUGAUUCCGGUGUCGGCAAGUCUAAUCUUCUCUCUCGGUUCACGAGGAAUGAGUUCAACCUGGAAUCCAAAUCCACCAUCGGUGUGGAGUUCGCCACCAAGAGCUUGAAUGUCGACGGCAAGAUUAUUAAGGCUCAAAUUUGGGACACUGCCGGUCAGGAAAGGUAUCGCGCCAUUACAAGUGCUUAUUAUCGCGGAGCUGUGGGUGCAUUACUUGUGUUUGAUGUCACCCGUCGUGCAACAUUUGAGAACAUUGUACGUUGGCUGAGGGAAUUAAGGGAGCAUACAGAUCCAAACAUCGUCGUUAUGCUCGUCGGGAACAAGUCUGACCUCCGUCAUCUCGUCGCAGUAUCAACCGAUGAUGGCAAAGCAUUGGCGGAGAGGGAGUCGCUGUUCUUCAUGGAGACAUCUGCUCUCGAGUCCACCAAUGUGGAGAAUGCGUUUUCUGAGGUUUUGACACAAAUCUAUCGAAUUGUGAGCAGAAGACCAGUCGAAGCUGGGGAAGAUGCAGCAUCUGCUGUUCCAAGCAAAGGUGAGAGAAUUGAUAUUAAUGAUGAUUCUUCUAGAAAGAGAUUUGGAUGUUGUUCUAAUUAGGUUGGAGCUGAACAGACGGAAAUUUGCAGGUAACCUGUUAAGUAUUCUAAUCACGAAAGCUAUAGAUGUUCUAGUUUCAUUGCAUUAUUUGUUUCAUCUGGCAAGAAAUUAUAAUAGAUGCAGAUUUUAUUUUGAUAGACCAAUUUGAAAGGCCUGCUGCUGUGUUGGAAAUUUGGCCUAUGGAGUUUAUUAUUGUAUGCAAAUUUCUGUUUCGAGCCAGAUGAGUAUGAAAUUUAUUUCACUUUAUUGUUUUUUGGCUUAAUCUGCUUCACUUUUA